AUGAUUUCCUGUCGAUUUGCCGCUCGUCUUUCUCCUAGAGUUUCUGAAAUCUGUCUAGAUAAACUUGCAUCCAAAUCUCUGCUCAUCCAUCUUCUAAAUAGUCAAUAUGCUGAGGUCGUUCCAGUUUGUCUCUCUCUUUUAUGCAUUCCAAUUCGUGACCGACUUCCUGCCCAAUAUCUCAAUUCCUUGAUGGGCUUUUACCUCAAGUCCAUACAAAUAGAUAUUAAAGAUGAACCAGACCUCCCAUCGCUAAAGAAACUUUUUUCUCCUUACCUUGAUAUUGUUUAUAAUUUGAGUGAUGGUACUUCGAGUCAACGAGAUUCCCUCUUCGUGGUUCAGCUGAUUUCAAUGGGAAUUCUACACACUUCUAGAUCAAAUAAAAUUCAGAAUGCAAUGCUUCGCCACUUGGUCUGUCCUAUUUUAACUUCAAUUCAAUUGGACAAUCCUGGGCAGAUUUCGUUGGCUUUUGAUUUUGCUUCUGCGUUUAUACGACUACUUACAAAUAUUUCAGAACCGAAACUAAUCGACCUGAUCACUGAUACCCUAGCUGCACUGAAUCAUAUUAUCUUAAUCACAGACGUUUCUCUUCCUUAUCUUGAACUAAUUACGUGUGCAUUUGUUGACUAUCUCACUUCAUCGAUGUCUUGCCCUUCAAACCUGGCUUCCCCAUUUUCCGAAAUUUUUAAAACAGUUUUGAUUAAUUUUCUUCAGCUUCUUCUUCGAUGUGUUGAAACGGACAAAUCUGGAAUUCCUUCAGACUGUAGAUCUUUUGCAUGGAUGGCUCUGUGUAAUGUUCUAUCCCAAUCGCUUGAUAACGAUUCUCCCAUCAUUCUCAUACAACAAGGCGAACAACUUCACUCUGUACUAUGUCAACUUAUACAGUUUGCAGAAGUCCAUUUUAGAACUUGCAAUGAAUUUCUCAAUGAUUUCGACCCUACCUUGAUUGAAGUACUACUGAAACUAUAUCUUCAGAUGAAACAAAAAUUGUCAUUGGAAUCUAUACCGCUCAACUUUGCCAAUUCAGCUUUCAUUGACCAAGUCAUUUCAUUCUGCUUUGAUAAGGGUCAUGAAUCUCUUGAAAUCUUGGAACCACUAGAAGGUUGGCUGCUUUUGUUUUAA